AUGACCAAGACUGUUGAUGAAGCUAAGGUUCUUAUUGAGAAUCUUGCAGCUAGUGAUUGUAACAACUGUCCUGAUUAUGACCGCUCAAGCCGCACCACUACUAGCUCCCCUGAUUCUUUUCAAAUGACUGAACUCAAGAACAUGAUGGCUCAAGUUCUUAAGGGACAGCUCAAGCAUAUCAAUGCAAUAGAAGGGAUGAGUGAUGCUAAUGAAGAUUCAUCAAGAGAAUGCAUGGGAGAUUCUCUAAUGAAGCCAAUGAAGAAGAUGUGA